GAGCUGGGACUGGUUCCUUCGCAGCCAUUUUCUGUCCAACCACACGGCCGUUUUGAGAAGCUAACCAACCAGGGCAGUAUCGGAGUUGUCAAUCAACACAGGAACAAAGGGGAAUGUUGCAGUUUGCUAGAAAAAGCCAAAGCAGAGCCAUGCUGACUCGGUAAAACAUAACUAGACGCUAACUGGGUAGCAAUCGGCUCAUCGAUUCAUGACCAUCCACGGCUGAACUGAUGGAGGGAGACGGUUCAACCACUGAUGCCUCUCAGUUGGGCAUGCCAGGGGAGUACAUGGCAGGAAGCCACUACGUCCUUCAGUCACAGGAUGAUGACUGUGAUGAGAGCCUGCAUGACCAUGAGGAAGGCAACGGCAGCAAGGAAAACUUCCGCGAGCAGGACAUCUACCUCCCCAUCGCUAACGUGGCUCGCAUCAUGAAGAACGCUGUUCCACAGACAGGAAAGAUAGCGAAAGAUGCCAAGGAGUGUGUUCAGGAGUGUGUGAGCGAGUUCAUCAGCUUCAUCACGUCGGAGGCCAGUGAGCGCUGUCAUCAAGAGAAAAGGAAGACCAUCAAUGGAGAGGACAUCCUGUUUGCCAUGUCCACCCUGGGCUUCGACAUGUACGUGGAGCCACUCAAACUCUACCUACAGAAGUUCCGAGAGGCGAUGAAAGGGGAGAAGGGAAUCGGCGGCAUAUCUGUAACAGAGGGACUCGGAGAAGAACUCACAGACGACAGCUUCGCGAACCAGUUGCCUGCUGGAAUAAUAACUGCUGAUGGACAACAACAGAAUGUCAUGGUUUACACCACCUCGUACCAACAGAUUCCCGGAGUGCAGCAGAUCCAGUUCUCUUGAGUAGGUUCCGGAAUUCCCAGUUUGCAAUCGGAACACGUUUGAAAUGGGGAAGAGAUGACAGCAUUACUGUACACUCAGGUCAAAAGAUAGUGAUGGGAAGAUGGAAAGAGAGGGGAGCGUAUGCAGAACUUGCAUAGGUGGGUUUGAAUCAGAAUCAGUUUUAUGUUCUGGAGACGAGUUAUUUGGCUUUUUUUUGUUAAUUGAAGAUUUUCAGAGUCACUUUAUUUGGAUAUGAAGAUUUUCAGAGUCACUUUAUUUGGAUAAUCUGUAUUGUCCAUCUGCAUGUGCUUUAAUGUAAUGCUACAGCAAGGAAGGCAUUAGAAAUUAUUUCAGUUUUCGAAUAAUAUCUGGAUAGUCUAAAUAAAUGUGCUUAAAGAAAAAUAUAUUUUAAAACUUCAAUGGAGACUUACUCGCGCGACCCGAGAGCCUGUUGGGGCGGCAGGGGCUGGUGUGUGUUUGUGGCAGUCUGUGUGGCACGGCGGGAGAGCGAGAGUAGCCAAACAGACUGACGCAGGUUAGAUAACCUAUGGCAGCAACAUGCUUGUCUAUCAUACCAUCUGGUAGUGCCUGUCUUGAAUCCAUAAAAUUGAUGUAAAAAAGCUAGCUAAAGUAGCAAAGCUAAUUCUCAACAACUCCGUUCAGAUUCCACAGUUUACCUGAUGGUUGCUCGUUGUAGCGGACUCUUCAUUUAGCCAACUUAAUUCCGUGAUGUUAAUUCCAUUUUGCAUUGAUUAUAAAUCUCCCACUUCUCUUGCUACACAGAGCCUCUGACUGUAGCGCCGCUUUGAUUGACCAACAACAAUAACAACGAGCUUCACGUUGGCAACCAGUGUGUCUUUUUUAUGGGACGCACUAUUAACUGUCAUAAAACUUGUUUAUUAAAAUCCUUGUAGGCUAUGUAACAAUGUUCAUUUUAGACCAAACCUUUAACUUUUGUGCCUAUUUUAUUUAUCAAAAAUGAAUACUCUCAAAGUAAUCAAAUUCUAACGUCCAUUCAGUUAUUGGAAUAACCGUGCCCAUCACUACACUACAGAGGGAAACAACACACAUGGUUGAUAAGUAACCGCUUGCAAAGGUAAGGGUUAAGAUUAGGGUUAGUAGAUAUUUUAAAUGUUACUGAUAAUCCAUCUGUAGAUGCUCUAGAGACUAUCCAAAUAAAGUGUUCCCCUUUUUUCCCCCUCCAUGUUGCCUAUCACUACGAUCUUUGUUUUAUGAGGGUGAAGAAAUGGGGGGAUGAACAUAAGCUGAAAUGUCUGUCUAGGGAAUUGGUCAUCUCUUUGACGACCUUGUAAAGCAAUAAAAACAAAAGUAGUUGAAUGUUGACAUCUGCACUCUAAACUCUUGUAAACAAUUGUAAGUGGCAUGCAAUUAUUUAACUAUUUUAUAAUUUUUGUAAAGUUAUUCUGUUGGUCCUUUUAAUAAAAAUGUAAGCGUGA